CAAUUCAGUAUGGUCGGGUGGACGUUAUUUUGGUGCUUAGUUUGUUUAAGCGGGCAUAAUUUACAAGCAGCUAAAUUUGAACCAAACUGGAAUAGUUUGGACAACAGGGACUUGCCCCAGUGGUAUGAUGAAGCAAAAAUUGGGAUAUUUAUACAUUGGGGAGUGUAUUCGGUACCUAGUUUUGGAUCCGAGUGGUUUUGGUCCAACUGGAAAGGUGGAGGAUCAACAGUUGAAUUUAUGAAGCAAAAUUAUCCUCCGAAAUUCACAUAUCAAGAAUUUGCUAAAGAAUUCACUGCUGAAUUCUUCAAUGCAUCAGAAUGGGCUGAAUUGUUCAGAAAAUCAGGAGCAAGAUACGUUGUUUUAACCAGCAAACACCAUGAAGGAUAUGCUAUGUGGCCUUCAAAAUAUUCUUACAGUUGGAACUCUCUUGACAUCGGCCCAGGAAGAGAUAUCGUUGGAGAACUAGGUAAUGCAGUAAGAGCAGAAAACCUAACAUAUGGACUAUACCAUUCUCUUUACGAAUGGUUCAAUCCCAUGUACUUAUCGGACAAGAAAAGUAACUGGACUAAGCAAGAAUUUGUUUACAACAAAAUCUUACCGGAAAUGCACGAACUUAUACAAACUUACAAACCAUCCGUGCUAUGGUCUGAUGGCGAAUGGGAAGCACCAGAUAGUUAUUGGACUGCGACUAAAUUUUUGGCAUGGCUGUACAACGAAAGUCCUGUGAAAAAUGAUAUUGUUACCAAUGAUAGAUGGGGUAGCGGUACACUUUGUAAACAUGGAGAUUUUUAUACAUGUUUGGAUAGAUAUAAUCCAGGUGUACUUCAAACACAUAAAUGGGAAAACGCUAUGACCAUUGACAAGCGUACAUGGGGCUACAGAAGAAAUGCAAAAAUAGAACAAUUCUAUACCAUAGAAGAGUUAAUUAAAGAAUUAGUAACCACUGUUAGUUGCGGAGGUAACUUAUUGAUGAACAUUGGCCCAACAAAAGAGGGGACCAUUAUUCCAAUUUAUCAAGAACGCUUAUUACAAAUGGGCAAAUGGUUGUCAGUAAACGGUGAAGGGAUUUUCGGAACGAAACCAUGGAUCGCCCAGAAUGAUUCUUUGGCUGGUGAUGUAUGGUACACUUGCAAAGGGUUUGCUGUUUAUGCUACUGCAUUAAAAUGGCCUAGAGGAAAUGUGUUGUCACUGGUAUCAGUUAGUGACAUAUUUAAAGAUUCCAACACAAAGGUGACCUUAGUUGGAAAUGAACAAACUGGAUAUUUAGCGUGGAAGGUAGCCAGCGGUAUUGUAAAUAUUAAAUUUCCAGAUAAAUCAAUAGUUAUCAGUCAAUGGGCAUAUGUAUUAAAAAUAAGAAGUUCAAGGAAUCAAGAACUGAAAGAUCCUAUUGAUAUUCAUAUACAUUAAUAAUUAUGUUUUGUUAAAUUACUUUUAAUUACACUUUUUUGAUAAAUCAGUUUUUUAACA